GCAAACAUAGCAAGCACGGGGCUAGCAUUAACAGGCGCUGUCGAUAUUUCGCAGGCUUGUCAGGCACAAAGCACACACUCUCAAAUCACUCUCACACUGUUGCCCAACAAGCCCCUCCCACGCUUCCCCCAGCCCCAGCAUGGGCAGCAUCUGGGGUUAGUGGACCCAGAGAUGGAGCUGCUAGGAGGAGGCAGCUGCAUGGCAGGGACCACAGAGCAGGCCGAGAGAUGCAGAUCCGCCACAGAGACUACAGAACAGACUGCAGGGAGGCAGAAUGAGCUGGAAAAGUUGCGAGCGUUACUUUGUGCCGAACGCAGCCACAACCAGCAGAUGACAGAGAUCAUCACCAGCCUGAAGCAGGACAAAGAGCUGCUGCAGCAUGAACUCACUAAAAAAGCCGAACUCAUCUGCGACUUCCUGCAGGACAAACUGCGGCCAGAGAAGCGGUGGUCUCGCUGCUCUAAUCAGACAGAACCGGGAAGUUCACAAAUGACCUCUCCUGAUGAUGUGGAAGAAUUUGAUUCACCGCCGCUGUUUGACUCAUUUGAGGAAAUGGAGCUUCACCCUGUGGAGCGCCACCGGACCCUGAAGACGAAGAGGAGCCGGGACGGGGAAAACACUCGAGUCAGGAUGAAAAACGUGGUGGGUGUGAUAGCGCGCUACAUGGCAGCCCUCAAAGAGUUUCGCCACAGCGUCUCCAUGAAGGUGGCCUUCGACCGGGUGGGCGUGGACCGCAACACCAUCUCCCGUACAGCUGCCAUAGCUGAGCUCAGUCUGGCCGCUCCAGAGGUGUUUCACGCACUGCCACCGUGGGAUGAGAAAGAGGAGACGCUGGCACGUUACGCCCAUCGCUGCCGACAGGCGAUGGAUGACAGCAUUAAGGCCAAGAUCAAAACAAUGAAGGCAAAAGGCGAACUGCUGCCCAUUGUGUCAAAGUGACAAACAGACAACAGUUGCUGACCGACUCCUUCUGACUGAACAUAUAAAGAGAAAAUCCAACACUCACGUCAAGGGAUUCACUUCUUCUGCUGUGCCAUCAGUCUGUUGUGUUCAACUUAUUCCACAAAUGAUAUUGGCAGGAUGUUGUAAUUUUCUUUUGUAGUACCAACUUUUCCACAAUCUCUUCUGAUCAUGUGACUGCAUUAGAUUCUGGUUCCAUUUCUGCUACUAAGGGUGUAGAAAUCUUUCUGCCUCCUCUACAGUGGAUUUGUCCUUGUUUGGUUGUGAAACAUCGGUGCAAUAUUGUGACUCUAGAAAUAAUAAGCUCUUGUUCCUAGAUCCUCUGGGACUAUCAUCGAAACCAUUUAGUAUUACUUUUUUUUUUUUUUUUUAUUAUUGAAGUAGAAAAUAAAAACAGAUACUCUAUAUAAAUUAAAUGCAACUAUUUUAUUAUUCAAAUCCACUACAAAUGUAAAAAUCCUGACAAAAUGUGCAUUUAAUGGAUUAUGGAUGUGAUUGGUGCCGAGAAAGGUCUAUAGUAUUUCUGUAGACCCCCUGGACGACUUGACAGAAUGUUUCACAGCUAUCUGGAAGCGUUUUCUGACUCUUGAAAGCUUUCCAGAAUUUAGCAGCCAGUAUGUUAGUCUGGGAAAUGUAAAAAUGAUAGUCUCGCUCCCCUGAGAUUGUUUACAACACAACAAACCACUGUCCAUUAAUAACAGAAUUAAAAGAGGAAACCG